AUGGCAUCACAGGGUUUCUGGUCUCUUGGCGGUGAUAAUGCGGGGGCCAACACCGGGAGUCAGAGCCCCAGUACGCCCAGGGCUUGGUGCCAAGCGGCGGCCCAGAAAUUCUCCGGAGGAAUUGGAUCGAAAUUAUGUGCGCUGCUAAAUGUCGGGGAAGUGGAGAAACCCGCCGAUCCGGCCGCCAAGCAGCCGCCACAGAGAGAAGCUGCAAGCACCUGCGGCUGCAACAAAUCCUGCAACUGCACCAAAGGACCCGUGGUCUUCUCCGACCUCUAUUCAACAGACCUGUUACCCGCCAUGGACGGCGACACCAAAACAAUGACCUUCCUGCAGGAAGUUGUGGAUAUUUUAAUGGCCUACAUCGUGGAGUCUUUCGACCGGGAAACGAAAGUUAUUGAUUUUCAUUAUCCAAACGAGCUGCUUCAGAUGAACAACUGGGAGCUGCAGGACGAGCCGGCCACCCUGGAUGAUAUCUUGAUCAGCUGUCGUGCGACGCUCAAAUACGCCAUCAAGACAGCCCACCCCAGGUACUUCAAUCAGCUCUCGACAGGAUUAGACAUGGUCGGACUGGCAGCCGAUUGGCUAACAUCCACCGCCAACACCAAUAUGUUCACCUAUGAGGUGGCUCCUGUCUUCGUGCUGCUGGAAUACGUCAGUCUGAAGAAGAUGAGGGAGAUCAUUGGCUGGCAGGACGGGCGAGGAGAUGGCAUUUUCUCUCCCGGUGGUGCUAUUUCCAACAUGUAUGCCAUGCUGCUGGCGCGCUUCAAGAUGUUCCCUGAAGUGAAGGAGAAAGGAAUGUCAUCUGUUCCCAGACUGGUGGCCUUCACAUCAGAACACAGCCAUUUUUCAAUCAAAAAAGGUGCCGCAGCUCUCGGCAUCGGGACAGAGAGUGUGAUCUGCAUCAAAGUAGAUGAAAGCGGUAAAAUGAUUCCAGCUGACCUUGAGAGGAGAAUAGUGGAGGCCAAACAGAAGGGUUUUGUACCUUUCUUUGUCAGCGCCACAGCAGGAACAACAGUGUACGGAGCCUUUGACCCUCUCAUCGCCAUUUCCGACGUCUGCAAAAAGUACAACGUCUGGAUGCACGUGGAUGGUGCGUGGGGAGGAAGCCUCCUCAUGUCCAGGAGACACAGGUGGAAGCUGGACGGAGUUGAGAGAGCCAACUCGGUGACAUGGAACCCACACAAGAUGAUGUCGGUCCCUCUGCAGUGUUCAGCCCUGCUGGUCAGAGAGGAGGGUCUGAUGCAGAACUGCAACCAGAUGCACGCCUGCUACCUGUUCCAGCAGGACAAACACUACGACCUUUCCUACGACACCGGAGACAAAGCGCUGCAGUGCGGACGCCACGUGGACAUCUUCAAGCUGUGGCUCAUGUGGAGAGCCAAGGGCACCAUCGGGUUCGAGGCUCAGAUCGACAAGUGCUUGGAGCUCUCAGAGUACCUCUACAACAAGAUCAAAGACCGAGAAGGAUACGAGAUGGUCUUUGACGGCAAACCUCAGCACACCAACGUCUGCUUCUGGUACCUCCCCCCUGGGAUCCGCUACAUGGAGGACAAAGAGGAGAGAAAGAAACACUUGCACAAGGUGGCUCCGGUGAUAAAGGCCAGGAUGAUGGAGUACGGCACAACCAUGGUCAGCUACCAACCGCAGGGAGACAAGGUCAACUUUUUCCGCAUGGUGAUCUCAAACCCGGCCGCUACCUUCGAGGACAUCGACUUUCUUAUCGAGGAGAUUGAACGGCUCGGCCAGGAUCUAUAAGACUCGUCUCCCCCGCCAAUCCUCCCGCACUUUCCCCCCCCUUGACGGAUGAAUUGUUUGUCGUGAAUGUACUGGUAAACUUUUUCUUUUUCUCUCUCUUUUCCUCCAAAGUCACAUAUUUAAGAGUAUAUUUGAGAAAAAAAAAUCAAGAUAUACAGAUAUAUCCAUAUAUUAUGUAUCGUAGCUUUGCCGUGGACUAAUUUUGGUCCAGAGCCAUGUAAAAGUGCUUCUGUCUGCCUUUCCUAUAGUGUAGUAGAUCCCAGAGUAGUGUCAGUGAUGUAACUUUAUAUGUCCUUUGGUGAUAUGAAACGCUUGUGCAAUAGGUCGAUGAGGAAGAGUUUAUUUUUUUGGGUCAUUUUUCUCAUUUGCCGAGUAUGUUGUUAAGUGCCAAAAGUGGUUGUGUUCUACUGUAACUUUACAUUUUGAACUCCUGGUUUAAAACAACAACAAAAGAAGCACUUCACCUUACCUCAGCUUAAUCAACUGCCUUUACACCCACACACAGCUCCUCAAGCAGCGAUUUUGGGACAAUAUUCUCUCGACUGGUGAUGUAAAGCAGAACCAGGACGCGUUGAACAAGUAUCCCAACCACAACAGGCCAUUUAAAGGGGUUUUGGACAUGUGUAAUAAACCAGGUGGGACAAUGUUUAUCACAAUUACACAUCAGUCAAGUCAGCUCAAAGCAUUUACGAGGCAUGUUGGUCCAUCAUGCAUCACCUCAGCCUUUGACAGUUUGCUCUGCCGUUUAAUGUCGUCGCUUAUUACGUCUUAACACUUUCUACUCUUUUUACACACGCACUUCUUUCUAGCGUAUUUAAGGUGAUAAAGGCUUGUUAAAAGUCCAGUUUUGUUUGACAUGGUCAUAGCAAAAAUUGGUACCAUUUCCAACCGGGCUGUAUAUUUAGCUGUGCUGAGUGUGCUUUUAAAUGUUAGAAUCUAAAAUGACGAUAACCAACACUUCACAGGUAACGUAAAGUUUUAAUCCUUAAGAUUUUGUUUAUUCCAAAAACCAAGUACUACCGUUUCUGAAGCCUUGAAUUUGGCAUUGUUGCUGCCACCAUUUAGAGUUUUUUGGAUCCAGAAGUGGACAAGAGGGUGGCAAGGAAAUCUUAAUUAUACCUGACUGGAAACCAAAAAAAAAAAACUGUUCCACAUCCUAAAGAAUGUCCAGCUUUAUUGUAUAUUUUACUGUAAAUGUAACCAUAAUUUACUGAAGAAGACUUGAAGCUAGCAAUUGAGACCAUAAACUCAACACCUGAGGUGGUUGUAACACUCAAAAAAUACACAUUUUCUUGCUUUUUGGGGAACAAUCUUGUGUAGGAAGCCAGGCUGUUUUCCCAACGGGGCAUGUGUGCAGCUGCUAAGGGGGCCCGAGACCCAGAGGGGCCACUAAAGUCCUGAAUUCAUUGCAUUUCAAUGGGUUUUGGUAAUUAAAUUAAUUGAAAAUUAGACCUACUAAAGAACUGUUUCAAUGGUUAGCUAAUCAUGGUUAAUCGAGUCAUGAUGGGAAGAUUUUUCACAUGACAAUCCCGACUGUGGCCACUAGCUCCAAAAUCUCCUCUCACAGCAGCCACUUUGAAUGGAAACCUGAGAGCUGUAUUAUAAAAAAUCUGAAAUCCCGUCUGAAAUCUUAAGGAUUAUGACUUUUAAAGAUGUCAACCCCUCAUCUACACUACCAUAAUGAGAGACGCUAUUUGUCAGCGGUGUCUUCGGAUGAGCACUUAAAAGAAAGAUCGAGGGAAACUGGGAACGAGGCAAUAACGGUGGUUUUUUUGUCUGAAUACAGGAACUUCACCAGAUUUGCAGCUACUGUAAACCUGACAUCACUUGCACUAAAUCACAGAGCGGGGAGGAGCGCCCCUCUUAGCAUUGCAACUGAGAUUUCUUCUUUAUUCAUUCACAAGCAAUAGUCGAGCACGGGUCCAAUCGAAAUGCCCUGCAAAAUAUCAAAAGAGACGGUGAAUUCACGUGUACAAUAGUUCAACGAUAAUCAAGUUUCCUACUACGCACAGUAGUUAGCAAAUAAAAUUUUAAAAAAAGAUGCUUACUGUAGGCAGGCUAGUUGAAGGGAUGUGAACCCUGGUUUUAACGACCUGAGGUUCUGUAGCAUUUUCAUUAGAACACGUUAGAAAAGCACAAUUUGCUCAACAUGGUCGCUCAGUGUACAAUCACUUUUGAUCAUAGACUGUAAAUAGUAUUUCAAGAUGUCCUAAGUACAUAUCUUUGUGUAUACAUACGUGUAUAUAAGACAUAUAACCAGAGACUAUUUGUGAGGUAAAGUUAUUCAUAUUUUCUCUAUCUCCGAUAUAGAUUACCUGUAUUUUCAUCCUGUUCGUCCAAAAAGCUUUUUUUCUCUCCCGUGUGUAUGUACGUAUGUCGGAUUACUUGACUUGGUUUGUGACUUCUACUAGCUAUUUCAAAGAAAACGUGUUUCAGGGACUGGCUUUUAAAAAAAAAAAUUUAAAAAAAGGGAAAACGGACAAGAUGUCACCUUGAAAAUCAGUCUUGCUCAGAGACUCCGGUGUUUUGGGAUUUUAAAACGAAUAUGCAAAGCCAUUUUGACUCUGAAGCACUGUGUUUUUUGUGCACAAGUGAUACUUGACGGUAUGUGCCAACGUGUACCUUAGUGUGUUUGUAACUGUGUUGCCUUAGUAUAAAUUUGCCAGUAUUGUCUAGUUUUCCUUCCGAAGCGGGGAGGUCGUGCACUUUAGAGUAUACACAUGACCUAAUAACGUGCAAUGUCCAAUGGUUGUUCAUAAGUUGAUGUUUAAAAAAAAAAAAAAAAGAAGAAAUUACCUACUAUCAAAAAUGUAACUGAAGCUCUUUGGCCUGAAUGUGUCAUGAAUCAAGGGUCUGCUGGAAAGUGAAAGCACUUAAUUUAUUCUGUUACAAAGCUUCUUGUUUAACGGUCCGACAUCCCAACAGAAAAUACUUUUUUAAGGUUUCUUGGUCCUAGCUGGCGUUCACACUGUGACACAGACAACACCGGAUUUAUUACAGCGACAAAGGAAUCUCACUGUGGUAGUCUCGGAAAGCCAUUUUGUGUCUCUUGCUGCUGCUGCUGCUGCUGCUACUUGCUUCCUUUGCACGUGCAUGCAAUGCCUUGCCUAUCCAGCUUGUUUGAUAUACAGUCUCCUAUAUUCCUAUUUAUAAAUAUAUAUAUAUAUACAUAUAUACAGUAUGUGUAGCUCUUGUAAUUAGCUUUAGUGUCCAAUGUAUAGCCUAGCCUGUAGAUUAGUGCACUGUCGCUCUAGCCUUUACAUGUGAUCUCUGUGUCUUGCGCUUCCUGUAAAAGUUUCUCCGUGCCGCCAAGCAUGCUAACCUCGCCUAGCAUUGUAAUCCUCUCCGCGCUUGAUCUGACUAUCUCUAUCCUCUGUCUUUCUCUUCCGCUUGAAGACUGUCGCAGCUCCGAAACGUAGCGUAUUAUAUCUAUAUAUAUGUGUGUGUAGUCCCACAGCAUGUCUCUCUGAAAGCUUCUCUCUGCUCUGCACCUGUAUCGACCCCCUUUUCUCUCUUUCUCUUCCUGCUUUUCGGCCUCCGGUAGCAGUGACGACGUAUCCUCGCGCUUUCCUCUUUAACGUUUCUUGGCUACCCGCUGUCGUUCUGUUUGUGUGCCUGAGGUGGUAUGUUGGCUCGUGUCAUGGUGCCGCAACGUCACCCUCCCCCCCUUUUUUUUGUGUUUCACCAAGACCCUUGACUCAAUGGGAUGUAACGAGGAACAGAAUUUUAAGAUUUGAUUGUCCAAAAAUACUUGUCUAAUGCAAGUGUUGUCAGCCUUUAACACAGAAGUAUAGAAGAAAAUAUAUAUAUAUAUAUAUAUAUACACCCUGGUUUCUUGCUUACAGGCAAUAUGGUUUGUUUAUGAGAACAGUUAAAAUCCCUAGUACUCAGAGCGCAGUUCAUUUUCACUGAACAUGGUGCCAUUUUGAAUCAUAUAACCUGCAAACUGCUGUGCUAGCUUCUCUCAAAACAUUCAUUUGUCCUGAUCUAUAUGUUACUGUUGGGAAAAUAGAAAUAAAUAUUGUCAAAACAAA